AAUAAUAAUAAUAAUAAUAAUAAUAAUAAUAAUAAUAAUAAUAAUAAUAAUAAUAAUAAUAAUAAUAAUAAUAAUAAUAAUAAUAAUAAUAAUAAUAAUAAUAAUAAUAAUAAUAAUAAUAAUAAUAAUAAUAAUAAUAAUAAUAAUAAUAAUAAUAAUAAUAAUAAUAAUAAUAAUAAUAAUAAUAAUAAUUAUAAUAAUAAUAAUAAUAAUAAUAAUAAUAAUAAUAAUAAUAAUAAUAAUAAUAAUAAUAAUAAUAAUAAUAAUAAUAAUAAUAAUAAU